GAGGGGCCGGCCGCUUCCGCAGAGCGCUUUCCGGCUCUGGAGCGGCGCGGCGCUCGCGGCGUGUGUCUGCGUGGCCGCUUGGGGGCGCUCUACCAAGGCUCGGUGGAGCGGGUCUGCGCAGGCGGACAGCCGGAGAUCCGCUCGCCGGGCACCAUGGUCCACCUCACAACCGUUUUCUGCAAAGCCUACCGCGGAGGCCACCUAACCAUACGCCUUGCUUUGGGUGGCUGCACCAACCGGCCUUUUUACCGCAUUGUCGCCGCUCACAACAAGUGUGCCAGGGAUGGCCGCUUCGUAGAGCAGUUGGGCUCCUACGAUCCACUGCCCAACAGUAACGGAGAAAAACUGGUUGCCCUAAACCUGGACCGGAUCCGGCAUUGGCUUGGCUGUGGGGCUCAACUCUCUAAGCCUAUGGAGAGACUUCUGGGUCUUUCUGGCUUUUUCCCCCUGCAUCCGAUGAUGAUCACCAAGGCUGAGAGACUUCGGAGGAAGAGAGCGGAAGUCCUCUCAGCACUUCAGAAAGCACCGUCAGAGCCCAGAGAGACAGAAGCAAGCUGACUUCAGCGAACCCAGCUGUGG